UUAGGCAAUUGGCAUGGACCACUAAAGAUAAUUUUAGGGCUCAGGUUCAGACCCAAAUUCCCUGUCCAGUAUAUCCAACUUCACACCCAAAACUGGAUCCCCAAAAUCAAAUGUUGGACUGCAUAGUAGUGUACAAUCGCCGUUGAUUACACCACGGCGGUGGCUUCACAUGGAAGAUGCGCUCAAUUUCUCCUUCGUAUCUCUUUAGUGUGCGUUGUCCUUGUUGCUUAUCGUGCUCCACUUGCGUCACCUCCUGAUUCAGUCGCCGGAAAUUUCAUCACUUUUAAUAAGAUCAACAGCUCCAAACUGGAGAUUGACGGUAAAAUUAUGUCGAAAGCUCGUGUUUACACCGAUGUCAAUGUGCUUCGCCCUAGGGAAUAUUGGGAUUAUGAAGCCCUUACUGUACAAUGGGGUGAUCAGGAUGACUAUGAGGUUGUUCGAAAAGUUGGAAGAGGAAAAUAUAGUGAAGUUUUUGAAGGUAUAAAUGUUAACAGCAAUGAGAAGUGCAUAAUCAAGAUCCUGAAACCUGUUAAGAAGAAAAAGAUCAAGAGAGAGAUCAAAAUCUUGCAGAACCUCUGUGGCGGACCAAAUGUUGUCAAACUCCUUGAUAUUGUCAGAGACCAGCACUCAAAAACUCCAAGCUUAAUUUUUGAGUAUGUGAACAGUACAGAUUUCAAAGUACUAUACCCAACAUUAACGGAUUAUGACAUACGCUACUACAUAUAUGAGCUUCUCAAGGCACUAGACUAUUGCCAUUCUCAGGGAAUAAUGCACAGAGACGUCAAGCCACAUAAUGUAAUGAUAGACCAUGAGUUGCGGAAGCUUCGCUUGAUAGACUGGGGUCUUGCUGAAUUUUACCAUCCAGGAAAGGAAUAUAAUGUCCGUGUGGCUUCAAGAUACUUCAAGGGCCCUGAACUUCUUGUUGACUUGCAAGACUAUGACUAUUCUUUGGACAUGUGGAGCCUUGGAUGCAUGUUUGCAGGAAUGAUCUUCCGCAAGGAGCCUUUCUUCUAUGGCCAUGAUAACCAGGAUCAGCUUGUCAAAAUUGCUAAGGUACUUGGAACUGAUGAGUUGAAUGCAUAUUUGCACAAGUAUCAACUAGAGCUUGAUCCUCAGCUGGAGGCGAUGGUUGGUAGACACAGUAGGAAGCCAUGGUCCAAAUUUAUUAAUGCAGAUAAUCAGCAUUUAGUAUCACCAGAGGCUAUAGAUUUUCUCGACAAGCUUCUCCGUUAUGAUCAUCAGGAUAGACUUACAGCAAAAGAAGCAAUGGCUCAUCCUUAUUUCUUGCAAGUGAGGGCUGCAGAGAAUAGCAGGAUGAGGACGCAAUAGAUCUUACUUUGUGAAAAAGAAGCUUAUGGUGUAAUGUUAGCAUAUAUUGUUAUCUUCAUCUAUUUGGGAUUAGGGUAUGGCAGAAGUGGCAGAAGUUCAUCAUGGAACAUUUCAUGAGCAAUUGGUUUCAUCGGUUUACCCCUCAUGGCCUUUUUCACUCUGCUUUUUAUGAAUCGUCUUGCAUUAACCCUUUUGGAUCCAAAGUCAAUCUUCAACAUGUAGAGUGUAAUGUUUGAGAAUCGAAAUAUACUGAGAAGCUUUACCUGCCAAGUUGCCCAUUGCCUAGACAAAGGCAAUAUAUUCUAUGGUUGUGUAUGUUUUAACUCGAGAUAUGAUCUUUAGUUUCCUUGUCUCUGGGUUGUUUGGAAUGAUUGGUAAAAGAUUACCUGGA